AUGGAAAUGAACUCUUCCGGUUUGUCUGUCCUCUUUUUUGCCACUCGGCCGACACUCGUCGGUCCACAUCCACUCGAUAUGACACAGGCCCACUCCCACUUGGGAGUCAUAGUCUGCACACACCACCUUGGGCCAUCCUACCUGCGCCAACUUCGAGAUCAGGCACUCGGAAGGACAGCAUCGUGUGGUCCGCUCUCGUCUGCCACAGGCUGCAGUCUCUCCCGGUUUUGCCUUGCCAGGCGGCACGACGACGCGAAGCCCAUGCUCGGGGUCUAUGUGAAAGCUUUACAAUUGGAUGUGUACUCUUCGCGUCAUCUACAUGCGUCCGGAUGGCCCGUUCCGUCCGACGUGUCGCAGUCGCUAAUCCGAGCUCAUAGUUCGCCUCAUCGAGUGUGA